GAGCAUAACAUAAUCUGAUCAAGUUUAUUAUUUCCUGUUUCAGCUGAGAGUGCAAGAAUGUCUUUCACUGCACCCCAUCUCUCUAGAUCUUCACACAGAGACUUUGGACUAAAUAACGAGUUUAGAAAAGGGAGCAGGCAACAUCUCCAAACUGCACCUGACUUGAACUGUGAACAUCAACAUUAUCGGUUGGUAUUCAUAGUUGAACACUGUGUAUUCCUCCUGGUAUUUCACUAAAAUUUCAUUUUAAUAUUUCUUUCUAAACCGUUAUGUACUGUCAAAAUAUCAUUAUCUUUAGUUGGCCGGCAAAUAAUCCUGCACCCAGUCAGCCGAAGACUUCAGAUCUAAAGACGCAAGUUCAACAAGUUCGUUUCAAUAAAAGUAUUCCUCCCCUGUCUGCUCAGGAACCCACUCCUAUGGAACUGUUUCUUUACCAUUCACAAGCUGCAACAUUUGCUCGAGGUCCAGGUAAGAUGAAUGAGAGAAUAAUAACCCACCAGACAUGUUUAUUUAGUAGCAAUACAAUGUACGGCAGUGUCACUUCUAAAACAUUCCUUCAAUAAAUUUAUUCGCUCCAAGCAUCAGUUUUUACAUAACCUAGAUUUCUGAUAAUUUACCACAAACAACCUUGCACAAGAUUCAGUCCUCCAAAAUUGCAAUCGAUCUUGUUGUUUCAGAUGUGAUUCUGUAUGCACUGGGCACCGCAUGGGAACUGCAUAAACCAUAUUUUCAAAAAUCUGGAUUAUUAAGAAGAAUGGUGAAGGAGGCAACAGAACAAUCUUUGGUCACAGAAAUGAUGUCAGACAGUGAUAAUGAAACUUCCCAGAAGCAAGGUGAGUUGCAAACAGAUCAUUGUCUUCAGUUUUGUUAGCAUUUUCCUGUCACAUAUGACAUCCUAACAGAUUUAAAGUUUAUUUAAUUUGGGUGUAAAGUUUGUGAGUUCACGUUAUAUGUCAGUCAUGUUUUCGCUCGCUACUCUGGUUUUGAUAAAUGAAUGCCAAGCCCAGUCGAACUGCAUUCACAACCCAAUGUUUCGACACUCCAGUCUGGUGUCUUCAUUGAUUUAUUAGAAGAACAAAAAACAUGAUUAAUUUGGGUAGCCAAUCAGCAUUAAAGUAGAACUCUAGAAGCAUCACGUCACAUACACUAAUCCUACCUAGCUCCAAGUCGCUCUGCUGUUGAUCUGCAUGCUGUCAAAAGUGCCAUAGGAGUAACAGUACCCAGGGAAGAAGAAACCUCUGCAUUAAAACUGAUACGCACACCGUCCUUUGGACAUGCAAUGGUUCUAAAACUCAAGAUUAAGGAUCCGCUGUUAACAAAACAAGGUAAUUCUUGUUAUAUUAAUUUAAAAUGCAUUCUGUAAUAAUAAUUUUGUAAGUGUAGAGGCUGACUGUCGUUGAACAUAUUAUCUGAUUGCUUAGUUGGAUUGGAGCGUAGCAGUAGUGGAAGUGAAGUCUGAACCUCUCUAGUGUGGUAGUUAGGAAGAUAUCCAGCGGGUAGUAGUCUUCAGAACAAAGAUGUUAUAAUCACUCACUUAAUAUCUCUGCCGUCAUAUAAAACCCCGCUCAAACGAGAGUUGAUGAGGAUUGAAACUGUCGCUCGCGUUUGACAUCAACUCUCAUUGACUCUCGUGCACUUUCGUCAACUUUGAGCUGGUUCAAAUUUUGAUGAGAGUUUUCGCUACGCGCGCAGUAAUAUCCAGUCAACUCUCAUGCAAACUUCUCGCUUCUCAACUCUCAUGCAACUCUUGUUCUUGUUUGACCGGGGCAUGAGAGUUGAGAAAACUCUCAUGCAAACUCUCUCGUAUCAACUCUCAUGCAACUCUUGUUCUUGUUUGACCGGGGCAUGAGAGUUGAGAAAACUCUCAUGCAAACUCUCGUUUCUUAACUCUCAUCAACUCUCAUGCAACUCUUGUUCUUGUUUGACCGCGAGGCACGAGAGUUGAGAAAACUCUCAUGCAAACUCUCGCUUCUCAACUCUAAUGCAAACCUUGUUCUCGUUUGACCGCGAGGCACGAGAGUUGGGAAAACUCUCGUGCAAAUUCUCACUUCUUAACUCUAAUGCAAACUCUCAUUCUUGUUUGACCAGAGCUUUAGAAAAGUUCUUCCAGUUCUUAUCUCUGAAGUGGAAGACACAUACACUGACCGUUGUACGACCAACGUAGUCCGAUGGGCUACCGACUUGUAAAAGACUUUAUUCCUACUAGUAAACAAACGCAAGACUGACAUGUACUACUUUCUCAUUGCAGCUUUUGCGUUGGCUCUCGGCUCACUGUAUGUUGAUCAAGUGAAAAUGGAUGAUACAGAUGUCGUUGGAGUUCUUGCUGCUGCCAGUCUCUUGGAAUAUGGAGAAUUGAAGAAAGCGUAAGAUUCUUCACACUACACCUGUAUUUUGCGGCAUAUGUUUACAAACCCACAGCAAUCGUAAAGCUUUGGGAAAAUUAGUAGGAAACAUUGUUACGGAAACAUUCGACAUUGCGGUGUUUCCUCGAAUUUAAAAGAAUUCAGGUAGUUCCGCCAUUAAACAGUCUUUUGUUUCUUUAGUUGUGUAGAUGUUAUGCUGGGGACGAUUACCGUUUCAACAGUGUGUGCUUACCAUAGCGUGGCAACAAAGGUAAAUAAAGCCCCGUUUACACUACGCUCAAUUUUUGGUACGGCACGAAUAAAAUUGGCACCCGUACUACUUUUUUGGUUCUUGGACUACCUAUUUAGGUCUUGGACUACCUAUUUAGGUAGUCCAAGAACCAAAAAAGUGGUACGGUACCAAAAAUCGAGCGUAGUGUAAACGGGGCUCAAAAUAUAGAUAGUCCAAGAACCAAAAAAGUGGUACGGGUACCAAUUUUAUCCGUGCCGUGCCAAAAAUUGAGCGUAGUGUAAACGGUGCUUAAAUGUUUUAAUAUGUAAUGGAAAUAAACUGCCUCAGAAAAUGUUGUCGUUAAACCGCAACUCGCAAGCUUAGUGAUAUUUCGUCAACCUCAAAAGUUAGGAGCCACUGUUUACUUUAUCUAUAUAUUGCAUACUUUUCGACACUUCUUAUAUCUGCUUCUUAUCCUUUGUUCUUGGUUUAGUAUAAACAGAUAACAGUGAUCGAUGCUUGUGAAAGAUGGCUAGAACUCAAUCUAGUUCCACAGGUAAGCCUGAGACAAUGACAUAUUUCAUGAAUCAAGGAGAACAUGGGGGAAAUCUGUGGUGUUUGGUAGUACGAAUAACUGGAAGCACUCAUGUGACUGGACAUGGAUGAACAACUUGUCGUCAGUUGAUGAAUAACUUUAAUUUCUUCUUCAGCUCUCUCUACAGAUCUAUCUUAGUCACCUACGACAGGACGUUCUCGAGAAAUUACUAAAAUCAAGCAGGUGCGGGUGACAGUGAUUCACAACACAACACAACACAGCACAACACAACACAACACAACACAACACAACACAACACAAUACAAUAUUUGUUUAGAUUGAAGUGCAGUCUUUCAAAUUUUCAAAUUUGUGCAAAAAUUAUUUUUGACUCUCCAAAAGGUUGUUCACGUGGAAUGAAUACUCUCUGUACAAAGUUCUCGCUUAUUGGAUCUUUCUUCAUCAACAUCCUAAAAUACGUGUAGGUGAAUUAAUCUGUUGAGAAAUUAAAUGCUUGAUUAAAUGACUGAUUGAUUUAUCAACUGACCUGAUUGACAGAUCAGUGAUUGAUUGAUUGACCAUCCAGCCCGACCUACCGAUCCAUUAACGAGAAUCUCCAACAAAAACAUUGAUUCGGUGCUUUUUCUCCUCAAGGUAAUGCCAUCGUGGAGUAGUGUAGUAACGUGGUUUAUGAGGUAGGAACUUAGCUUUAUGGACUGUGGAAAUAUGUAGUGAAAAUGUUAAGAGCAUUUCAAGCCAAAUGGUAUGUCUGCCUGUUUAUCUCGUUGUUUGUUUUUCAUCUCUCAAAAAUUCAAUUACUUGUUUCAGCUUACCAAAAACAAGCGCAUUCCUGGAUAGAGCUGAGGUAUAGUCUUUUAAAGUACGCUUCUUUUUAUGAAUCUACAAAUAUUCGUAUUUACUAUCUACAUUGUAUGUUUACUUUCAGGGUCAAGGAUACACCAGCUUGUUACGUUCACUGAGAUUAAUAUCCAUCACUGAUAGUAAGUAUUGGGCCACGUGUUAUAUAUACAACCAAUCGUUGUUUUGGUACUGAUAGUAAGUAUUGGGGCCACGUAUUAUAUAUACAACCAAUCGUUGUUUCUACCCUCACCAGCCAAGUUCUCGGCUCCAUUUUUGCGCAUGGCGGAUGUAAACUUGACGUGACCCAGAACUUUUAUAUUAAUUUUCACUUUUAUAACAAUUGUAAAUAUAUCGUUUAGGUAUCCAUCUUGAUGAAAUACAUAAAAUGAAUAUUAUACCCCAAUCAUGGCUUCUUCAUAUUUAUAGUCAAAAUUAUCACGCGGUAAGUUGCAUGGUAUACAGUGUUGGCUAUGACCUUAUGCGUAGAACGUGCUUAUACAGAGAUGACUUUCUGUUUCUAUUCUCUCUAGCUGCAAGGAGGCGGUGGUGAUAUGUCUUUACUCACAAAAUUUGACGAAGGUGCUGUUCGAGUUGGAUUUAUUUUAGAUCAGGUUUGUAUUUUUCUUCCAUCGCCGAAAAAGAUGUACCAGAUUUUUUUCUCUUUAAACUUUUGAAAUUCCAAACAAAUCAUUUCUCAUCUUCAGAAUCUUCAAUAUCAUUCAAGUAUGUUGUCGUUGCAUGGCUUUCACUUUGAACUAAAAGCAACACAAGAGGAGUGCGGCCGACACUUGUUUUAUUUACAGGUGGGUCAUGUUACUAUAUAAGUAUAAACAUGUUGUUGAAAUUUGCUGUUAAACUACACCUCAACAUGGUAUAUUUAUUCUUUGACACAAAUAUUUUUCGUUGCUUAAAUAAGUAAAGAGAAUUUUGGAUCUAAAGUGUUCUAAUUUUUUCUGUGAAUUUCUAGAGGUUACGUCCGAAUGAUCCGAUGUCGUUCAGAACAACUGAACGUCAGACGUUCUCGCUGAGACAGGACAGAGAGGUGAGUCGAGAGUGCGAGACCACAGAAUAAAGACACACAGAAGGUCGACUCAGCCACAGAGUAAAGACUCAAAAAGCGUAACCGCUGCCACGCCAUGAUUCGUCAUCAAAAUGCUGACGCCAUUUUUAUCCAUGAGUUGUGAUACAUUUUUGUUCUUAGGUUCGUUACAGCAUUCGUGUGCAAUGGGAAGCUGACAACACAACACAAGUUUAUUCCAGUGGUAAGCUUACGUUACUGUCGUUGUUUUCAUUGUUAGUAUAUUUAAGAUAUUUGAAGUCAUUGUGUGCUGUUUUUAUCUUAGGAAUAAUGAGUCAUGCGUUUGGAUUUAACGAAAAAACUAAUGGGAGUGAGGUGUGUAGCAAAUGUGUAACACUAACUUCAGGAUGGCUGGAACCAAAACUAAAUACUAGAAUUUUCCAUGUUGUCAGCCCCCCACGCUUUGUCACACCCUCCUUGUCACACCUCCCCCACUGGUUUCAUUAUUAUAAUCGUAAAACUUUUUCCUAUGUCUUUUUCUCCGGUUUUUGUCUGUUUGUAUCAGUCUGUUUAUCUGACUGUCAGAUGUCCAUCUGUCUUUUGGAUUGGGUAAUGUGAACAUAGAUAUGAUAUAUCGUAUUGAUAUAUAUUUUUUUCUUUACAGGUGAUAACCUUGCGUGAACUACCUUCACCCAUCUAUGUGACGUUUUCUGUCAUGUUUCCAACAUCAUAACCAUAAUGGGAGUCUACUAACAAGUAUUUCUAACAUUCUUUUGUGUAUAUAUGUAUAGUAGUAGAAAUAUAUCUAAAUGAAAUCUGAAGUUGAAUGGCAGCAAAAGUUGCCACCGUUGAAUGGGAACAAAAUGUUUUUACAAAUGUUCCCCCGUACAUUCGAAGACUCGAAAUGCCCUUUAAGGUCUUAUGAAGUUAAGGAUAUUUUUUCUAACAUUUUGGCGUUUUUGCGGCGCAAGUGUUUAUUGUUUACCUGUGGCACAGGAGUUCGAUUUUUGCAAUAUGCUGUUUUUAGAGCAAACACUAUUUUUGUAUGAGCAAAUUCACUAUUGUGAUGUGAACAAAACUCAGACGAGUGGGUCGUAUGUAGAGAUAAAAUAGAUAGAAUUGCAAAAUUCGGAAUUUUCGAGAGAAACGCGAAAUUCAACUGGUACGCCUUCUCGCUUGUGAUAUAGACGAACAUGGCAUUGCCAGGGUGAGCGAGGUUUCGUAGAAAACCAUUAUAGGAAACACAAACAGAGAUACAAUAUCAUAUAUAUUUAUACUACAGUUCGAACGCUUCCACGGUAUGUUUUAAAAAUAUAGAUAAGUAUUUAAAAAUUUUAUAUAAAUAGAAUAUAAAUAGAAUUUGAAUAUAAAUAGAAUAUAAAUAGAAUAUAAAAAAGAGUGAAAUAUAAAAACGAAUAUCAUUAUUCUUCCCUGGCAAAGACAGUGGAUUGUCUCUUAUUGAAAGACUCGUGAGCCUUGGCCGCGUCUACGAUCUUCUUGAAAAGGACUAGUACAGAAAUAGAGAUCAAAGCAAGAGGGAAAAUAAGAGCCCACGAUGUUCCACUCAGUGGUCUUCCUCCUGAAAGUAAGAUACCCGCAAGUGCCAUGGCCAUGGACAGUAUGUUAUGUUGACUGCUCCAGAACGGAUUGUCAAAUUUCCAUGGGCGGAUGAACACAUUAGGGAUCUAUACAGAAAAUAAUCAAUGUUAGUUACUAUCACCGGGAAACCGGCUCUCCUCUGGGCUGCAUUCCUGUGAUUUGAGGCAGUUUCUCUUUUCAAAAACGUAACUGAAAAA